AUGACAAGUUUUGUCUAUGACAACUUUCGCAACCAAGAAAAUCUUUAUCUUGACGGAUCUGCAAAAGUGCUUCCCGAUGGAUUGUUGCAGCUUACAAACGCUUCAGACCACCAAAUGGCUCAUGUUUUCUCCAAGAAGCCGAUUCAGUUCAGUUCCUCUACGCCACUCUCUUUCUCAACGCACUUCGUUUGCGCUCUUGUGCCUCAGCCAGGUGUUGAAGGUGGCCAUGGCAUGGCCUUUGUAGUAUCUCCUUCUAUGGAUUUCUCCCACGCAGAAUCAACUCGAUACUUGGGGAUCUUCAACGUUUCGAAAAACGGAUCUCCUUCUUCUGAUGUUCUUGCUGUUGAGCUCGACACUAUAUGGAACCCUGACUUCGAAGAUAUCGAUAACAAUCAUGUGGGGAUUGAUGUUCACAGUCCUCUCUCUGUCGCUAUAGCUUCGGCUUCUUACUAUUCAGACAUAAAGAAGAAGAACGAAAGCAUAAACCUCCUGAGUGGGAAACCAAUACAGGUAUGGGUUGAUUACGAAGGCACUAUGCUCAAUGUUUCUAUGGCUCCUCUUGAAAUCAAGAAACCAAGCCUGCCUCUUUUGUCACAAGGCAUCAACUUCUCAGAAGUAUUUCCGAACAGAUCAAGAGUUUUCGUUGGGUUCUCUGCAGCUACAGGGACAGCUCUCAGUUAUCACUAUGUUCUUUCUUGGAGUUUCUCCACAAACAGAGGAUCUUUACAGGGACUUGACCUCUCAAGACUCCCUGAAGUUCCUCAUCCUAGAGCUCAACAUAAGAAUCUAUUUCUAUCUCCGAUGGUUAUUGUCCUGUUUGGUUUUCUGGCUAUCAUGGGAUUGGGUGUUCUUACCGGAAUGUAUGUUUUCAGGAGGUGCAAGUACGCAGAAGUAACCGAAGAAUGGGAAAAGGAGUUUGGUGCGCAUCGAUUCCCUUACGAAUCUUUAUACAAAGCAACGAAAGGUUUCAACGAGGAUGAGUUUCUUGGGAAAGGAGGUUUUGGAGAAGUAUACAGAGGAACUCUCCUUCUAAGCAGAGAAAUAGCUGUGAAGAGAAUGUCCCAUGAUGGUGAUCAAUGCGUGAAGCAGUUCAUCUCUGAAGUGGUGAGCAUGAGAUGUCUGAAACACAGGAAUCUUGUUCCUCUUCUUGGGUACUGCAGGAGAAAGCAUGAGCUUCUUCUCGUCUCCGAGUACAUGCCCAACGGUAGUCUUGACGAGCAUUUGUUUGACGACCAGAAACCAGUACUCUCUUGGCCGCAGAGGCUUGUGAUCGUUAAGGGAAUAGCCUCUGCUCUCUGUUACCUUCACACAGGUGCUGACCAAGUUGUUCUGCACAGAGAUAUCAAAGCUUCAAACAUUAUGUUGGACGCUGAGUUCAACGGGAGGCUAGGUGAUUUUGGUAUGGCCAGGUUUCAUGACCAUGGAGGCUAUGCGUACCCAACAGGAGCCGUUGGAACUAUAGGCUACAUGGCGCCGGAAGUAAUCGAUAUGGUAGCUUCCACUGGAACUGAUGUGUAUGCAUUUGGUGUUUUCAUGCUUGAAGUAACAUGUGGGAGGAGACCUGUGGAGCCACAGUUACAAUGUGAGAAACGGCUUCUGAUCAAAUGGGUUUGUGAGUGCUGGAAAAGGGAUUCUUUGCUUGAUGCUGUUGACCCUAGACUGGGAGAUGAGUUCUUACAGGAGGAAGUCGAGAUGGUUAUGAAACUCGGUUUGCUCUGUUCAAAUACGGUGCCAGAGUCAAGGCCUACGAUGGAACAAGUGGUUCAAUACUUAAACAACAGCUUACCUUUGCCAUAUGUCUCGCCAUAUACAGUGGGGUUUAGCAGUCAUUCUUCGGUUCUGAUCGAUGCAGCCUCCCUUGUAGCUUCGAGGAGCUGGUCAGCUUCCUCCAACUCUUCUUCCUCGGGCCAAUAA